AAAAAUUUAUGAUUUGAAUAUAUAAGUUAAAGUCAGUUUAUGUAAAGAUAUUAAGAAAUAUGGAGAAAAAACUUGAGAAGAUAGCUUUGAAAAUUCUAUAUUCUUUUGAUGAAAAACAUCAGAUGACAUGUUUGGCAUGGCAUGAGAAUCCUAUUUCAGUAGAAAUAAUAUCUUUGGAUAAUAUUUGUGAGAAAAAGAUUGGAAUAGUUAGUUUAAAAACAUGUGUAUUAACGAUUAUUGGAAAAAGUCCAGAACUUGUAUUGCAAAAAGAUUAUGAUUUUACUAUUUAUACAUUGGAUCCAGCUGAGGAUAAAGAAGUGUUUUCAGGGCAAGGAAUGUUAAGUUGGAUUUUAAAUGUAUCAUUACAAACAAAAAAUAAUAAUAAAAAUGUUUCUGGACGUAUUAUAGGUUCAAAGGAAAGGAAUAAGGAGGAAAAAACUAUUCUAGAGGUGGUGAUACGUUUGUCAAAAGUACCAUCUACAUCAGAAACUAAUUUAUUGAAUACGAUACAAAAUCUUCAUUUUCUUCAUAGUCCAUAUAAUACAUUUGUUUUAGGAAAUUCUGAAAUGGUUUCAUCCGAGGUUUGUGAAAAAAAUAGGCAGUUAUUUUUUGAGCCUCCUAUUUAUUUAUGUAAUUCAUCAUUAAAAUCCAUAAACGAAUCACAAAACAUCCUUCAAAAACGGCAAAAAGCAGCGCCUGAUGUAUUGCAGUCAUCUAUAUUUCCGAAUUUUGAAAAUUUUCCUAAUACAGAAACAUUUAAACCAUUUGCUCAAGCAUCCUUUUUGGAGCAAUUGUCUUCUCCAACUAGCGAAUCUCUAUCACCUCAAAUAUUAUCAUCAUCAUCAUCAUCACCGCAAUAUCUGCAACUUCCUCCAUCAUCACCACCUAUAUUUUCAUAUGGAAAUCAAGUAUCAUAUCCUUUAUCUGAACCAUCUCUUCCUCUUCCUGAUUUCGAAACAUCAUAUAUGGAAGGAGCAUCUAAUUUUCAAAAACCUAUGAAUUGUCUACAUCUUUCUCAGCUAGAAAUGAAUAUGCUUCCUGCAGAAGCUAAAAAAAAUAUUGAAAAUGAAAAGUCAUCAGAAAAUCAUAUAAAAAUAUUUAAAUCAUCCUCAGAAGAAAAUUCAUCCACUACUCAGGAAUUGAAGAAUAAUGAAAUAUCUGAUGAUGAAUUACCUGAACGAAAAAAACUAAAUGAAGCAGUGCGAGCAGCACAGCUUGCUUUAGAAGGUUUUUCAGUAAUAAGAUUAGCUGAUAAUAAGGUGCAAAGAAACGAUAAAAUAGCAGUAAAUUUAUCAGAAGUACAUGAUGAAAGUAAAAACAAUGGAGAUAAAACAUUAAAACAGUCUGGAAAAAAAAUAUCUAAUGCUCUUCGUGUAGAAAUGAAUCUUUUAAAAUGCAUUCAAGAAGGAAAAAUUCCUAAUUAUUGUAAUAAUUGUGGAACUAUAAAGACUGUAAGUUGGAGAAGAGUCAAAACAACAGAUGACAGACCAGAGGAAACUCUUUGUAACCCAUGUGGAGUUUGGUGGUCAAGUCAUAAAUCUAUGCGCCCAUCUCAUCUUUGGCGUGAAGAAACAAUAACUUUAGAUUUUCAUAAUGUUUCAGAUGCUUUAUAUUCAAAAAAAACAAAAAAAAGGGUUUCAUGUAUCAAUAAAAAUAAUGAAAAUUUAGGCAUUAAAACUAAAAAAAAACAUCCGGAGAACAGAACUACCUUAAAAAAGCAACGGAACUCAUUAUUCCAGGAUAGAAUAAUACAAUCUUCUCCCCCUAAAUUCACUUCUCAAGAAGUAAUUACACGGGAACCUUUUUCUGAAUUAAAUAAUAAAGAUAAUUGGCUUUAUCUUCCAAAAAAAUCUAUAUCAUCUACUAUGGAUAAUAAUGAAAAAGAGAUCUUAAAAUCAUUUAAUGAUCAAGAAAAUAAGAGCUUUGAUGAACAUUCUUUUGAAAAGAUUCUCGACAUUUCAACUGGUAGUCAGAGUAAUCAUGCUAAAACUACUCCUAGAAAAGUCAAAAAUGUUUCAUCAAAUCUGAGUCCAUGGAAAUCUACAAUUUUCCAUCCUCAAUCAAAUAUAGAAAUAAUAGACACAUUUAUAGAAACGCAGAAGGAUUACGAAUCUUCUGCAGGUCAGUAUCAAGCUCUUGAUUCAAUAUUUCUUGAAAACGAUUUAAUCAAUACAACAGUUUUUGCAUCAUCUACUUUUUUAAAAGUACCAACUAAUAAAUCCAGCUCAAAAAUUUCAUGUAUGAAAGACGUAAAUUUAAAAAAAUCACAUGGGACGGAUACAUUAUUUCCUGACUUAUUUACAUCUAAUAAAGAUACACAGGAUCCUGCUAAUGAUAUUUGGUCUAAAAACCCUAGUUCUCCUAGCUCCGAUAAAUAUAAAUACUGAUAACAUGUUUUUUUAGGAAAUAUGAAAAAACUUUAUUACAG